CUUGGAUUAGUGGAGUCAGAGCAGAAGCAGCCAUGAAGACCUUUGUAGUGUUUUUGAGUGUUGUGGCAUUCGUGUCCUGUGGUCCGGUGAAGUCUGAAGAUUCAGUGUUACGUACAGUCCUUGGAAAUAUCGUCAACUGUAACAGUGAUUUGGGUCUGUGCAUGAAGGAAAAUGCACUGAAAGCCGGUGAGAGACUGGGCGCUGCCCGCAAGCUCAAAAUCUUUGAUGGCAUCACGCUCUUGAACAACAACCCCAAAGAAGCCAAGAGCUUGGAAGCUCUCUCCACUGAUCCUUCAUUGAGGAACAAGCAGGUCACCGAGAGGCUUUGGGAGACAGCAUCAGACCUCAUCCAGUCUACUGAGUUGGAACUCAGCUAUGGUGGCACUGAGGAGGAAGAAGGUGAAUCCAGGUCUAUCAACGAUGAAGUUGAGGAAGGCCGUGGCAAAAAGAAGAAGGCUAUCAAGAAGAAACUGAAGGUCUUGAUCCCUCUCAUCCUCCUUGCCAAGGCUAAGGCCAUCGCCAUUGCUGUCGCCGCUCUGGUCAUCAUUGCCGCUUCUCUCUUCAAGCUCGCUCUGAUCGCCAAGAUUGCCUUCAUCAUCAAGCUUAUCGCCAUCAUCAAGGCCUUGCUCGCCAAGAAGCACACUCAGGAAGAGUCUUGGGAUUCUCAUGGAUGGGAGCCCCAUGCUGAACACCAUCAGGCUGAGCAUGGCCACGGAUGGGAAAGUGGUUGGUCUCGCUCCAGGAAAGAAGCCAACAACUUGGCUUAUUCCGCCUACGCGAACUAAGUUUGUUACCAAAUAUUACGUCUGUAUUUAACAUUGUAUGAAUGUAUUUAAGUGUGUGUGUAGUAUUCUGUUCUUCGU